AGUUGGCAGUCUGGCCCUCUGUGGGUGUGCGCCUUCCCUCUAUGCGUUGUUGUUUGCAGAUGUUCAUUAGCAUUUGGAUAUCACCCUCUGAGCCGGCUCCGCCUCCCGGCGCUGAUUGGGCACACUGUUACUGGAGCUGUCAGCUCGGCUCCGGGAAGGUUUCCUCCGCUCCCCCAGUCCGGUCUCCAGCUAGAGACGGACCGACUGCAGCCAGCGGGCAGGCUCUGCUCGCCUUUGUUCGCCGAGCUUGGAAGGCACCAAGGAAAAGGGACAGAGCCGCAUCCAUGCAGUAGCACACUUCUUUUGUUGUAAAAUGAUCAUCUGUACGAAUAAAAUGGAGUACCCCCUGAGAACCCAGUGCCAGCGAGUCCACAAACAGGUGAUGGUGAACGGUGAGAACGAGCGAGUGUCGCUGCUGUUCAUGAAGGCUCUGGUCAGCAGGGGGAGCGUGGACGCCGUGUCCCAGCAGAUGGCCUCUCACCCGCAAUACUUGGAGAGCUUCCUGCGCACACAGCACUAUAUCCUGCACAUGGACGGCCCCCUGCCUCUGCCGUACCGCCAUUACAUCGCCAUUAUGGCUGCGGCACGACAUCACUGCAACUACUUGGUGUACCUUCACUCAGCCCAGUUUCUGAGGGUGGGCGGGGACCCUCUGUGGUUGCAGGGUUUGGAGGCAGCGCCCCCUCGCCUUCGUCUCCUUGACCACAUCAACAAAGUGCUGGCCCAUCAGCCCUGGCUCACUGCCUGCUCACACAUCCAGACGCUGCUGAAGACGGGCGAGCAGUGCUGGUCGCUGGCUGAGCUGGUGCAGGCCGUGGUGAUCCUGGCCCACUGCCACUCCCUCUGCAGCUUUGUGUUUGGAUGCGACACAGACUCAGACUUUGUCCCUCUUUCCAAAUCUCCUAACGGUACCCCGCCGACCUUCUGCCCCUUUGAUGCUGCCAACGGCAACGCCAACGUGCCUCAGUCGCUCGCCACUCCCUCCGAACACAUAACACGAAGAAGGUCUCUGGACUCCAGUUGUGGCAUGGUGUGUCUGAAGGAGAGGAUUCAGAAGUCUCAAGAAGAGCGUGAGAAGAGAGAAGAGCGCCUGCUACAGACACAAACACUCCAGCAAACAGAUAUCGAAGAAGAGGAGGAGAUGAUGUGCUUCACAGACCCGACGCGUUUUAUCACAGACCCUGACUUGUGCUAUCAGGAGUUUGCUCGUAGAGAGGAGGACCACUUUCAAGUAUUUAGAGUUCAGGACUACUCAUGGGAGGACCACGGCUUCUCGUUAGUCAACAGAUUGUAUUCGGACAUUGGGCACCUCUUGGACGACCGGUUCAGGAGCGUGACCACCGUCCCCUCGAUGCACAGCCCCGACCUGAAGAGGGCCAUCUGGAAUUACAUCCAUUGUGUGUUAGGAAUACGGUAUGAUGAUUAUGAUUACGGGGAAGUGAAUCAGUUGCUGGAGCGGGAUUUUAAGCAGUACAUCAAGGCUGUGGCUUGUUUUCCUGAUGCCACCAAAACUCCAGUGUGUCCGCUGAGUUUGGCUCCACUUAAAACAUCAGAGCGGAUACACGUUAAUUUACUUAUCAUGGAGGCCCGGCUGCAGGCUGAGCUGCUAUACGCUCUGAGAGCCAUCACUCAGUACAUGAUUGCCUAAGUGCUCGGAGAGGCACAAAGCCAAAAACUCUCCGCCGGUACAGAGAGACCCAGAGACGCGAGGAUGAAACAGCGGACGGUGACGUGGGACGAGAGCGGCACAUUUAAGGACACAGAGCUCCAUCGUCUAGCAGCUGUGCCUCAUGAAUGUGCUUUUCUUUUUCUCAGAUUCAAUGUAUUUAUACCAUAGUGUGCCAUCCCCCCCCCCCCACCCUCCUACAGAUUCUCCUGUUCUCUUAUCAAACAUCUCGGCUCUUAAACGUUACGUGCAAUUAUUAGUUGUUUUAAUUUUUACAUGUUGUUUUGUGUUUCAACUCUGUGAGUCUGUGAGAAACUGCUUGGUUGUAGCAGCCAAUACUGUCAUUAGUUUCAUCAGUCUCCUUUCUAUUAACUAUGCUUUCCCCCCCAAAUGAAUUGAAAUAAGUUGAAUGUUAAUGGGAGACCAGGGCCUCUGUUAUAUUUUGGACAAUCCUUGUCAGUGUUGGAGGAGAACUUUAAGUGGACCGUGAAGGACGACAGUUUUGCCCUCCCUAACAUUUCGUAUUAAUGCUGGUCAAGAACAAACACAACAGUUACACUGCUGGAAGUUAUCACAUCACUAUAGUUUCUUUUAAUAAGCACUUUUUUAAACUUUAUAUAUUUAUAAUGCAUAAGUAGACAUUGAGACGCACAGUGUGUGGAUCUGAAGCCUUUCUCCUCCACUGUAUGACGUGUAACGAAGAUUUUUAGACUGUUUGUCCUCGAACCUUCAGACUUUGCUUUUGUCCUCAACCCCAGAUUUCUUAGUGAAGUAACUCAAUCCAGGAUAUUUCAGUGAAUAAUUGCUCUACUUGUUACUUUCAGGUCAGUGCUGACACACAAAAGGAUUUUGAAGGUUAUGAAGUUUUCAAAACACACAAUUUACACCUGAUAAGAAUAUUUGUAACAACACUUAAGAAGUCAGUGAGCUGUUUCCUACAGUGAAGAUUAAGCUGAGCCAUUUGCUUAAUGAUUUUUGUGCUUUUUGUAUGGAUGUGCUUUAAAAGAGAUCAAAUCAGAGACUGAAUGUGAGUCUCAAGGUCAUUAAAGAAACGCUACAGUAAAGUGAUGAAUUGGAUAGAUGUGAAGUGCCCAGUUGAUCAUCACUGGUAAUGAGUGGAGGGCGAGUUCAGAUUAUUUUUUUGCUCAAAGCUGAUCAUCAAGUAAAAAUCCACGGUACAUUUAGCAAAGCAGAACAAUGUGCAAACUAGUCGUUAAAACACUUGUAUCUUUUUCUGUCUUUUUUUAUUUUUUUAUAGUUUUUGUAAACUAUAGAGUACUUCUUUGUUUUGUUUCUGGGUGUGACGGUAGGACCUGCUUGUUGUGCUGCAUUCUGGGUAGAGGUAGAAGUGUGACCGACUGUUUAGAGUUAGUAACUGCAGGAUGUAGAAAAUAAAUAAGUGCAUAUCGAGCAUAUAAAGCAAAAAGCGCUGAUAACACAGGUGCCUUCAGGCUAAAACUGGAGUGCUGCUGAAGUGGAGGGAUGUGAUCACUGGAGGCUGAGAGUGAGCUUUGGUGGUCAACUGACACCAAAGCUGGGGUUUGUUGCUUUUUCCCGCAUGAAUGGGAACUGUUUUUCUUGGUUUUGGUCAGCAGUGUUUCUGAUAGAUAUUACGGCUGUGAACGCCCGUGUUUUCUAUCAGACACCUUCUACAAUCCCCAGCAACUCAGCUAAGAGCCUUUGACGCAGAUGGAUGUUAAAAAUGUUCAACUUGAGCAGAUUUUUAAAAGAUAAUCUAUAAAAUAAAAAAAAAGAGAACAAGUGAAAAGUCCAAAAAAAUGUUUUUUGAAAAUGUGAAGAAAUGUUUUCUAUAAAGACGCUC